AUGGGUCGAAGACGUUCCGGCGGUUUCGGCGCCCCGCCUCCGGGCAACCGAGGUCGUUUCGGUGGCGCGCCACCCCCCGCGAGGCAACAGCAACAGUCCGGUGGCUCGCUCGUCGGCGGAUUAGCCGGUAUGAUCUACCAAGGCUUCGGUUGGGGCGUCGGCAGCUCGCUCGGCCGCGCCGCCACGGCGAGCUUAUUAGGCAGCUCCGGCGGCUCGGGUUACGCCACGGAAAGCGUACCGUCGUCAGAAGCGCCGCAACAACCGAACCCGUGCGCGCAGGCGGCGAAGGCGUUCGGCGAGUGCAUCUCAAACUCUCCAGACGACUUGGCCAAGUGCCAGCCGUACGCCGACUUGUUGACGAGCUGCAAGCGAAACGAAUUGUCGCGAUAG